AUGUCGGUUGCAUGGACGUGUGAGUGGCAGAGCCCUGAAGAGUCCCCAAUCAUCUUGGUGAAGGUAGUGAUGAUUGGGAUGAACAACUCCACAACAGCGGGGCUAGCGAGUGGCCAGUGCCAGCCUAGCGACCCCAUGCAAUUCAUCCUGCUGCCCGCCACGUACUGCCUGGUGCUGUGUGUGGGGUUGCCCGGCAACAUAGCGGCCUUGCUUGUCUUCCUGCAGAGUGGACGUGUGAGGAAGGCUAUCCGCAUCUACCUCAUCAACCUCACGCUGGCCGACAUCUUCUUCAACCUCACCCUGCCCUUCUGGAUCCCCUACUACCUGGCUGAAGGGAACUGGGACCUCCCAGAGGCCUUCUGUCGCCUGGCCGGGGCCGUCUACUACCUGGCCACCUACAGUGCCAUGGCCUUCAUGACACUCAUCAGCUUGAACCGCUACUGCACCGUGGCCAAGCUGGACCUGGCUUUGAACAAGCCCCAGGGGGCGCUAGUGGGCUGCAUUGUGUCCUGGGUGCUGUGCUUCGCUUGCGCUGUCCCCUCCUUGGCCACCCAGCAGACCCACCUGGCAGGGUCCGUCAGCACCAAGUGCUUUGAGCAACACUCGGGACGCAGGAGUUAUGCCUAUGCCAUGGUGGGUCUCUUCGCGGCCUCCUUCCUGGUUGUGUUAGGUGCCUACAUGUCCAUCAUGAGAUCUCUCUUGGCUGCAGCGGGUUCCUGCCAAGGGGGCCACCGGCGUCGGGCACGUGCCAUGGUCCUGGGCAUGUUGCUGGUGUUUGUGGUCUGUGUGGCUCCCUAUCACCUCUCCCUGGUUCCCUGGGUAGCUGAUCGGAUGUCCAGUUCUGCCUGCAGCACUCCAUCCUUCUUGGACAACCUUCACAUGCUAAGCAUGGCUCUGCUCAGCCUCAACAGCUGUAUUGAUCCCCUCAUCUACUGCUUUGCCAUCAAGCGUUUCCGGACCGAUCUGUGGACGAUGGUGCGGAAAGUUGUGCGCUGCCUCCCCCUCCCCUUGCCGCCACCAUCGCCAGCCCCACUGACAGAAAACCGAAGCCCACCCAAUGUCAGGUCUUCUUCCUUGACCUCCUCAUAG